GGACGCAAUCGAUGGACCUUAUAAAAGCAGCACUUCAUCUCCCGUGCGAAGAACGGACCGUUGACGGUUGAACGGUUUGGUGUUACCCUUGGCGCAAAGAUGACGUUACGAUUCGCUGCGGUGUUCUGUCUGCUGUUGGCCAGUUGCUUGGCGGCUGUGCCGAAAAGAAACAUGGCUCGCGUCGUUGGCGGUAGCGAUACGACGAUCGAGGCCCAUCCGUACCAGGUGUCGCUUCGGCGGCUGCACAAGCACAGUUGCGGAGGUGCUAUUUUGAACACAAACACCAUCCUAACAGCUGCUCACUGCGUCGAUUAUCCAGAGCUUGUCCCAUCGGACUUUGAGGUACGCGCUGGUUCCACGUUCCGCAAUGAGGGCGGUCAGCUGAUUACCGUUGCCCAAAUCCACACGCAUCCGAGCUACAACGAUUGGACGCUCGAGUGGGAUAUUUCCGUCUUGAAGCUUGUCAGCUCACUGCAGCUCAGCCCUACCGUGCAACCGAUCAGUCUACCAGACCGAGGCCUAACCAUACCCGAUGGUACCUCCGUAUCGCUAGCAGGAUGGGGUUCGCUUUACUACCAGGGACCGUCCACGAAUCAUCUGCAGCACGUAAUGCUUCCGAUCGUAAGCAACAGCCGUUGCGGAAUGGCGUACAAGAACUUUGCUCCAAUCCUACCAUUCCACAUCUGCGCGGGUCACAAGGGUAAGGACGCCUGUCAGGGUGAUUCGGGCGGUCCGUUGGUGUACCAGAGCCGUGUCGUCGGAAUCGUUUCCUGGGGCUAUGGCUGUGCGUUUGAGAACUACCCAUCGGUUUAUACGCGAGUGUCCGAGUUUUUGGAUUUCAUCGGGCAACACUUCUAACAGACUACCGAACAUGUCGGGGGAAGUUGGUUUGGAGACAGAUGUGGAGCAGAUAAAACUGAGUAUGAUUCGAGCAGUCGAUUAAAAUGAAACCUCACUUACCGUACCGUUUAGUGUUAACUAGUAUCGAUUCAUGUGUUAUUGUUGUGCCUACGAACAUUAAAGCUUCCUUUUCUCAAACAA